GUUCCAACUGCAAGGCACACAAUCUGAUUGCGCAUAUGGCUGACCAUCUUCCCCAAGAUACCUGCCUACACGCUCGUUCAGCUGCAGGUGCAUUGCAAGAUCUUUGUGAAGUUCCUCUCGUAAAAGGGUCAGGGGCGCAAAAGGAUUAGGAGACAGGCUUUUGCCGGUCUUAUAGUAGACUAAAGGCAGUUGAGGAGGUCGAAGGGUCAAGGGAGUUUGUUUUGCUCACGUACGUCGUAGCCAUGUCCGCUCUUUCUGGCCCUCCUUGCCACAUUUAGUUUUUGUUGAGGCCUGCUUGAGGCACCGACACUCAGCUCCCUGCUGACAGUCCUUAAUUGCCGGCAAGCAUGAACGUCACCAGUGCGAGAAUGGUCUGCAGAAAGUCUGUGGAAAAGGUGGCCAAAGGUGGCCCUUUUGGUGGUUCGAAGGGACCCUCCAUUGUCUCCAACGAGUCAGACAUCUCAGGAGUGACGGUGGCUGAGACAGACAAUGGCCAAUACCUCCAAUCCCACGGCGUCAUGACCAGAGGCCAGAAGCGCAAAGCGGAGACAUCUUUGUCAGAGGAACCAUCCUGUCAGAGGAACAGGCCUGCAACCAUUCCCACACCCAGCUCUUGCCAAUGGAGCAGUCAAAAUGAACCAGGGAGCACAAAAGUGUUUCUGAAGCGGGAACGCGUCACCACCGACUUCUAUCCUCGGUAUGGCGUGCAGACAGAUAUUGCAGAGUCCACAUGUUCAUCUGCUGUGAUUGGGGAAUCGGUCUCUGGUCCUGCUAGUGUUCCUUCCCAGCGGAGCUCCCAUCUCUCUCGCCAGAACCAGAAACCCCCUGCUCAGGGCUCCCUUGAGGUCGAGCCUGUUGCUGGCAGCUCUGGUGUUGUGCACCUGGAAUCAUCGGAAGCUCCAAGGUCUGAGCUUUGCGAGGAUGAGGACGACCUGCAGUUUCUUCGGUCUGAGGAGGAAGAUGUCGACUGCUUACUUGCUGAUGAGAGCCAGUCAGAAGAUGGUUCACCUGAUCGGCGCGGCUCAGACGCCACAUACUAUGAUGCGCCUGAGCAGUUCAGAGACCAGGAAGCCAGCACAUCAAGGAACCAGGAGUGGUACUUUUUUGAGCAAUGCGGUGACUACGAAGAAUCCAUUUUUCUCAACUUGAAGGAGCGAGAGCAACGGCAUCCACCACUCGGUCACUACCUUGAGCACAGAGGAACUGAUAUCACAGCCGACCAUCGAGCAAUAAUGAUCAAUUGGCUCGUGGAAUUUGUGGCGGAAUUCAACCUGCAGAUGGAAACGCUCUUCCUUAGCGUUGCCAUAAUGGACAAGUUUCUGAGUGAAGGACGGCUCCUCAAGAAGUCAAGCCUCCAGCUCCUGGGCAUUGCCAGCCUUUUCCUGGCUGUGAAACUCGAGGAAACCCAGCCACCAUGCAUGGUGAACGACUUCUGCGAAGUCACCAACCUCGCCUUCAACAAGGAACAGAUCAUCGAAAUGGAAGGCACCAUUCUCAACUCCCUGAAGUUCACUCUCUUCAUCCCUACUGCGUACAACUUCAUCUGGCGGCACCUCAAGUUUGUUGAGCGUCCUACACAAGAGAAGGACAACUUUGCGGAGUAUCUCAUUGGUCUGGCGCUUCUGGACUAUGACAUGCUCGAAUAUCCGGCUUCGCUGGUGGCUGCCUCUGCGGUCUCGCUUGCGUGCUACUCAAUUGACACCAAACCCAAGCAUCAAAGCAAGAAGCAGAUUCUGGAAGCCCUCUGGCCCGCUGCAAUAGCAAGCGAGUCCGGAUACUCGAGAACCGACUUGACCCCCUGUCUCAAGACCCUCCACGAGCUGCACAAGGGCGUUUACUACGGAAGAAGGCUUGAGAAGCUCACUGCGCUGGCUGAGAAAUACCAGAACCAAUUCAAAGAUGGAGUUGCCCUGACCAAGCCGGUUGAUCUGCCGACCUGGCUCUGAGAAGUGUGGCCAUCCAGGAGAUAGGCGGAGGGGCCUGCCGCUUGGGAAAAUGCUGAAUUUGGCACCUCAUUGUAAAAAUAGGAAGAGUUGACGUGUUGGCUCCCGAGGGAUACCAUCUCGCGAGACUGUUAGCCUCCCAGAAAGCAGCAGCCAGCAUGGUUGCUGCAUUGCGUUUGAAAUUCGUUAACCAAUCAGGGAAAUGAAUGUAGGCCAAGGUCUCACCUAGGUCUAACGCCUUUGACGGUCUUUGAGUCAGUCUUUUGUUAACGAGCCCUAUCAGUUUAUUAGUGGUGACUUAACAACACCAGAUGCCAGAAAUCAGCCGCAGGUAAGUUUGGUCAGAUGAAGUAGGGCUCUCAUGAUAAGUCAGGAUUGUACAGUCAGUUGUACGCAAGCUGACAGGUAGUGUGGAUGUCCAAAUCAGGAAACCACGUAGUAAUGCCAGGAACCAACUCAGUAUCCUGGACACAAGCUAAUAAGUUUAAUGGGUACUUACACUUUCUUUCAUGUUUAUUUCUUCCAUACUUUUCC